AUGUCGAAAUGCCUCGAGUCUUGGCGCUCUGCCGCCUUCUCUGGUUUCCUCCGCCUCCAGAACUUCAAAAAGUUCGAGGACAUAACUCUCACCCUGACGCCCAGCCCCAAGAUUAUCGUUGGCGCGAACGGCUCGGGCAAGACGCAAAUCCUCUGGGCGAUUCUCAUCUUCCUGCGCGGCCACAACGCUCGUGUCCCCAGCUCCAAGCACUUUUACAGCACAACGUUCAAAUUCUCAGGUGAAUUGCAAGACCUCUUUGGCGACCCAUUCUUCGUCGAUCAGUACGAAUCGCCAGAUACGCUCGUUCGCGUCGGCGCGCCAAACAGGAAAUUCAGCCUGACUGGCACGUUUCUUGACCCCACGUACCAUCACACCAACGAGCACGUGAUGCUGGAGUACUCGCUGGACAAAGGGCUGCUUCAAGACAAACCCGACAACCACCAGUCGCUCGCCCCAAUCCGCUUCGCCUUCAUGCCAUCGAUGUAUCAGUGGGGAGACAAAAAGCAAGAGCUUGGCAGAGGCGAGAUGUUUCUGUCUGCCGGUGUCCAGCAUAUGCGAUGGCGACUUGAGAAGGCUGUGCCGUUUGUCAACGACGCGCUUGGCCACCUGGGAUUCCAAGUCAAAGUUGAACUCGAACGCUCGGGUUCUGAGUUCAAGCGUUCCUCUGUCACCGAGAAUGGAGUCACCCUUGACAUUGGUGCCUGCGCCGGCUCGCUGCAGAAGAUUAUUGCCAUUCUGACGCUUCUCUACCAUCUGACGGAAGCCGCAACCAUCAACGCUGCGCAAGACGACGCGCGCGGAAAGAACAUUGAGCACGACUCGAACACCUUCAAGCAGCGCAUCUUCCUCAUCGACGAGCUCGAAUCACUGCUCUACGAGAAUGUGACGGCCAAGCUGUAUGACUUCCUCGUCAGCACGUGCGCCCAGCACAACAUUCAGCUCAUUGUCGCGACCAACUCGCGCGCCAUCAUUGAGCCGCGGCUGGACACCAAGCUUGAGGUUUUGUACCUCACUCCGGAUGGCAAGGCCGUCGAGAUCAACGACGAGCUGCCCAACGACGAGCAGAACCAGCAGUCCCUCUUCCCAGUCCUCAACGCACUCAGCCAGGUCAAGAACAACGACACGCCUCUGCUCGUGCUCGAGGGCGCGAACGACCAAGCGUUCUACAGCAAGUACACCAAGCUCAACGACAGCUUUCAGUUCAUGACCACAGCUGGUGCUGUCAAGAAGGAAGGCAUCUCCCACAUCCUGAGGCAAGCCAAACUCCAACACGUUUUUCUGAGGGACAGCGACAUGUACGCCGCCUCGUCCGACCUGGCUGACGCUCAGAAGCGGAUGACGAAACAGAUUGGCUCCUCUGUCGUCUACACGCAACUGCCGUGCGUCGAGUCGUACCUGAUCUUGAGUGAAAUGCUCAAUCAUGCCGAGCAGGCAUAUAAAGGGCGUCACAGGGCCCUCGCCGUGCUUCUCGAGCACAAGCUGUACUUUGUAAACUCAUUCAAGAGCAUGCUCAAGGAGGUGGGUCCGGAGCCUUCGACAAAGCCGAUCAAAGCAGAGCAGAAGCAGCGAACAAAGGAAGAGAUCAGUGGCAUGACCUUUGAAGAGCUCAACGCGCUUUCCAGCGACGAGUUUGGCCAGUUUACCAAGCAAGAAAAGGACGAGCUGUUCCGGAAGGCAGGCCAGGCUUCGAGUGUUGCCAGUGCCUCCACUUCUGCAACAGACCGACUUUUCCCGAAGCUUCCUUUGAACGCCAACCCGAACGAUCCGGAGGCAGUUUGGACUGCACUGUAUCACAAGCAGUGCGACGAUGCCUCGUCAGGCUCAUUCGAUCCUGUUGGCUUUUGGACCACGUACGUCAAGAUGGCGCAUGGCAAGGAGGCAAUGGUGCGUGGACCUGACGGAAAGCCGAUGAGCACCGACGCGAUGAUUCGCAAGACGGAGUGUCUCCACCCCAAAGUCCAAGCCCUGCUCGACCAAACUGUGCAGGCUGUUCUGCACUGCCUCCCAAUGGCUGACCAUGAGUGA